CAAGAUAGGAAUGUUAGGGGAUUUUUGGACUUGGUGACUAUAAAGGGUGAAGUUUGAUGAGUUUGACAGAAACUGGGACAGUAGCUUAAUUGCUUGUUUCUUGUAUAUUUGCUGAAGACUUGGUGUGCCUUUGAUUUAAAGUAUUAGUUGCGAACUUUAUGCAUUUACAGGACAAGAAGUCUGCAUGCUAAUAUUCUAACCUUAGCUUCAGGACAGCCCACGGAAGGAGUCUUCUAAGACAUUUGUAGUCAGAAUGAUGAAUUGCUGUGGUCUUGUGACAAAAGAAAAACAGCCAGUUCCUCUAAAGAGCAUCAGAGUUGAGAUGCAGGUGAAGAGUCAUGUAGCCACAGUCACCUCCACUCUGCAGUAUGUGAAUGAGGAAGAGCGCCACCUGGAGGCCUUGUUUGUGUUUCCUCUGCCUGCUGAUGCUGCUGUCUGUCACUUCAGUGCCAAGAUCGGAGAUCAGGAGAUUGUGGCAGAGGUUCAAAAGAAACAAACUGCGAGGUAUUGGUAUGAUGAUGCUGUGAGUUCGGGUCAGCAGGCGUUUCUGUUGGAAGAAAGUAAAGAAAGUUCUGAUGUGUUCAGUCUGAGUGUUGGGUGUCUUUCACCGGGUCAGAACGCUGACAUCACCAUCACAUACAUCACUGAGCUCUCUGUGCAGGCCGACCACUCGCUGCACUUCUGUCUGCCUGCUGUACUCAACCCCAGAUACACACCAGCAGGUUCAGAAGCUGGAAUAGUUUCAGAGAUUUCGUCAUGUGUCUCUGUUCCCUACACUUUGACUCUUAGUGUUCAUGUGAGCUCUCCAAACCCCAUCUCCAAACUAGAGUCCAACUGUACUCUGGAUCCUCUUGUGUUCCUCAACUCUGAUCACACUCAGGCAACGGUGAAUCUGAGUUCUGGUCACAAGUUUGAUAAAGAUGUUGAGUUGUUUCUGUACUAUCAGAAUACCCAUCAGCCCACUGCUAUAGUGGAGGCAGGAGUGACCACUGCAAAACCAGGUUCUCUGAUGAGUGACCCAGUGGUGAUGAUAAGUUUAUACCCACAAUUCCCAGAGGAAGUGAUGUCAUCAUUAGUAACAACUCAAGGUGAAUUUAUUUUUCUGGUUGACAGAUCAGGCAGUAUGGACUGUAUGAUGCAUCAUUGGAAAGGAGCACAGAUGCUUAUAGAAAGCGCAAAGGAAACUCUGCUGUUACUGUUGAAGAGUCUGCCCAUGGGCUGUUACUUUAAUAUCUAUGGAUUUGGCUCUCAUUUUGAGUCCUUCUUCCCUCAGAGUGUUGUGUACAAUCAGGACACAAUGGAUCAGGCACUGAUAAAAGUCAGCGAAAUAAGAGCAGACAUGCGUGGCACAGAGAUUUUAGAGCCCCUAAAACACAUCUACAGUCAACCCGGUUACCCUGAACACCCCAGACAGCUGUUUGUCUUCACUGAUGGAGAGGUGAACAACACUGAAGAGGUUCUGGAACUUGUGAAACUUCAUGCACACUCUCACAGGUGUUUCUCAUUCGGGAUUGGUGAGGAUGCAAGUACCGCCCUCAUCACAGGAAUGGCCAAAGCGGGAUCUGGACACGCCCAGUUCAUCACAGGCACAGACCGCAUGCAACCCAAAGUGAUGGAGUCUCUCAGGUUUGCUCUUCAGCCUGCAGUGAACAAGAUCUCCGUACAGUGGAAAGUACCAGAUGGCAUUACUGUUGACACGCUGUCUCCACCCAUCAAUGCGAUCUUUCAGGGUCAAAGGUCACUCAUUUAUGCCCAACUUAAAGGACAGAGUUCAGAAAGCUCUGAAGGAUCAGUGAUAGUUCAAUACAACCUGAAAGAUCAACCAGUGACAAACCAGCUUCACUUCUGCCUUAAACCAACUGAGGACACUGGGUUGUCCAUCCACCGUCUGGCGGCCCGGUCUCUGAUCCGCUGUCUGGAGCAGGACGAGAGGACAGGAGGUGUAAAUAAGGAGAACAUCAGGAGGAGGAUGGUGGAGAUCAGUGUUGAAGCAGGAGUGAGCAGUGUUCAUACAGCCUUCAUUGCCAUUAAUAAAAACAACAGAGAGGCUGUGAAAGGACCUCUGAUACAGAGAAGAGUACCAACACAAGUGUAUGAAAGUUACAUUGAAUGUGAUGGAAUCGAAGCAGACGGUGCUUGCAACAGACUGGACGCACAUUCUGAUCUCCAUAAGGAUCCUUUACUUCAGCUGAUUUCUCUUCAAAAGGCUUCAGGCUGCUGGGAACUGAGCGCUGCUUUGGCCCGAGUGUUUGGAAAGACUGAAGAUGAGCUGACCAAUCAGAAACCAGCACAGGUGGAUGGGUCAGUGUGGGCCACUCUUCUGUCUCUCAUCUGGUUAUACGGCUAUAAAAUACAGCAACAGAUUGAGUGGCAGUUUGUGGCCAUGAAGGCGGCGUCAUGGAUCGGCUCUCAGAACGUGGUCAGUCUGUCUCAGUGUGUGUGUGAUGGGAAUCAUCUACUGGGAUGUCAGGUGAAAGAAGAAACUUUGGGAAUCUGAAGACUUCAGUGUGCUGCUAGAAAGCCACAGAUCUCAUAUAUAUCAUUUAAUUCAUAUUAUGAAGAAUUAAAUUGUUAUCCAUGUGGAUCCAACUUGGUGGUUUGCAACUUUACUACAGCUUUCAGGAGCCAUAUCUUCCCUAUGGUCCAAAGAGUUUGGAAAAGAUUAUAAAAUAUAAAUUGUGACUGAUUUGGUGCAAAAAAAUUAGACAUGAACCCUUUAAUUCACCACAUAUUAUAAACAAUAAAUUGUGCUUUUUCUUCCUGAAUGAAGUGGUUAAUUUAGGUAGAUUUACUGUAAAACAGGUUGGUUGACACUCUGUUUACCCAGCUAUCAUGUAAAC